GGCGGCGGCGACGGCGAUGGCUUUCGAGGCGCUGGCGGAGGCGGCGGAGCGGUGGUGUGCCCGCACGCCCUUCCAGCUCAUCGCCGCCGAGGAGACGGAGCGGCGCAUGGACUUCUACGCCGAGCCCGGCGUCUCCUUCUACGUCCUCUGCCCGGAGGCCGCCUGCGGCGACAAUUUUCACGUGUGGAGUGAAAGUGAGGACUGCUUACCUUUUCUGCAGCUCGCACAGGAUUACAUCUCCUCCUGUGGCAAAAAGACGCUCCACGAAAUACUGGAAAAAGUCUUCAAAUCCUUCAGACCUUUACUUGGGCUUCCAGAUGUUGAUGAUGAUGCAUUUGAAGAAUAUAACGCAGAUGUGGAAGAAGAGGAACCAGAAGCCGAUCACCAACAGAUGGGUGUCAGUCAGCAGUGAUGUUUUUCUGAGACACUAAAAGAAUUUGAAAGCCUUUGGUACCAGGUGGGGUCAGGUGGUCCCACGUUAGCCUGUUUGAAUUAGCACAUCACAUGGGGAUAUCUGGCUCCCAGGAAGAAAGUUUUACAAAACAGUUUAAAAAACAAACAAGCAAACAAACAAAUCUGUGAUGAGCUUUGCUAAGAAGUGACCUGAAUUUUGCUCCUGCUUCAGUGGGUUUUCUAUGGAGUUGUCUUGGUAGCAUUCUGCCAUUAUCGGUCUAGAAGUAGUUUUGUCACUGACUUGUCUCCUUGAUUUGUGUCCCAGAGUAGCGUUCGCUGACGUGAAUGUAGAGCACCGAGAAUGUAGGAGAUGUGUGGUGAGAGGGCCAAGUCCUCAGCCCUGACCUCUCCGAGGAAACCAGGGCAGGUAGCAAACACGACCUGUGCUUUUCUUUUUCAGUUCUACAGCUGUGUUUUUUGACAAAAUACCAAGCUUGGAGAGAUUUCUCCCGACAAAGCCUAGUUGAAUACUGGUCGGUACUGCAGAAGGGCACGUGAAGGCUUAACGCAAAUACUGGGAGGUGGGAAAUCCAGGGGAGUAUUGGUGUCAGACGUAUUCACAUUGUUCUGUUGGCACUUGGGUUUGCAGGUGCUGGGUUUCUAACUGGGAGUAAUUGAUAUCACCAGUACACAUGAUAAGCAGCCCUGGUGCUCUGACACUGAUGCAAAGGCAAGUACUGCUUUCGCAGAAAUGGAUUCAAAACUAGCCAUCGCCCGUCCCGCUUCUGCAUGACAACCAGCUUCCAAGCUUCCCUGUUUUUAAUACACUGCUAAAUUAUUACUCAAACCUCUCAGCAUUAUGAAGUGCAACUUAACUUUGAAGCCAUAAGGGUAUAAACCAGCACCUGGCUCUUAAAUUUAUGCAGGACCUAUUCCUCUCCCUGGGCCUUUGAGCUAGUCUGGGCAUUAACACCUCAUUGAAGGCGAGUUAAAAUACUACUGCUUUGGCUGAUAUAAAAACUAGUGAGGUUUCAUUUAGCUGGGGACUUGCCUCCCAGAGGGGUCUUAGUAUAAAGGAGAAGACCUCUCGUAUUUUAUACCUAUUUUGCAUAGACUCAAGUGACUGGGAUGAGUGCCAGACUGUGAAGAUGCAGGGUCUGUUUAUUUACUUGCCUUUUGUACUGAAAAUGUAAGGAGCAAAGAGGAUUCUGUUGUAAUACAGCUGUUUUCCACAACUAAGCAAAAUGUUUCUAAAUUUACUCCUUUUUUCUCCCAUUUUUUAAAACCCAUAAAACGAAGGCCACACGCUUCCAAAGCCCUUUUAUACAGAAUUAGCUUUAGAAAAGCAAGAAGUGAGCGAAGAGAAAAUGCUUGGACAACUCCUAGAACCAACUGGCACCAUUUUGAGAACCCCAUCGUUGUUUGCAACGUCUCCUGGUUUUUCAGUAGAUUUUUUUAAAGGCUUUUUGGUUUUUCCCCAAGGUUACUUAAGAGAGCGAGUUUGCUUGGCGAUUUACAUUUCUGAUGAUGGCUUGAGAGAUGCAUAGGACUUGAUUUUUUUUUCCAACCUGAGGCAAAGACCUUCCAUCACCAGGACGGUGUGUGGUAUCUGAGUAUGCACAGAAGUGUCUGCAACACUGUAGAAGUUGGAAUUUUAAGAGUAUACAAAAAUAAUGGACGAGAAGCAGAGCUUAAGGCAACUUUGUACAUUCUUUCGGCAUGCAGGCAUAAACAUGGUAGUCGCAGCACAUUUUCUAUGGACUAGUGACAUGAGAACCGUGGCAGUUCAUUGUAUAACACCGUACAGCAGCAAGAGGCUUUUUGCUUACUGAAAUAAAGUGUUAAGACCA